AUGGCAACUGAUAAGUCGAAUGCCAUGCAGUCUCCAUACGAUGCCUAUCAGACGUCUUUAACGGCGAGAUACUGCAGCCCAGAAAUGGCACGGCUCUUUAGCCAACGCUCUCGCCACUCACAAUGGCGCAGGCUUUGGUUGCUACUUGCUGAGUCUGAGAAAGAGCUUGGCAUCGAAACCAUCACCACAGAAGCCAUCGAGCAGAUGAAGCAACAUCUCGAAGCAACAAGCUGCUUCGUAACUGAUAAUACUGAACUCAUCCUCAUGCGCAAUGCCCUGGACCUUCUACUCCCACGACUAGCCAAUGUUAUCUCAAAUCUAUGCAAGCUUGCCAUGGAAUGGAAAGCAACACCCACGCUUGCAUACACGCAUUUGCAGCCAGCUCAAUUGAUAACAGUUGGCAAGCGAGCAGCUCAAUGGGCUCAAGAUCUUGUUUUCGACCUUGAGAGUAUUGAACAAGUUCGAAAUGGGCUGUUACUACGGGGCGCACAAGGAACUACAGGAACUCAAGCUUCAUCCCUCGAAAUCUUUGGAGGCGAUGGUUCUAAGUGUGACCAGCUCAACGCACUUUUGUGCAAGAAGACCGACUUUCCUGCAUGUUAUGAGGUGUCGACCCAAACAUACACCCGCAAGGUUGACCUGCUUGUCGCCAACGCAAUCUGUGGUCUUGGUGCUACAGCGCAAAAGAUUGCCGGAGAUACCCGCCAUCUCGCCUCGUGGCAGGAAGCGGAAGAGCCUUUCGAAGCUGGGCAGGUCGGAUCAAGCGCUAUGGCGUUCAAGAGGAACCCAAUGCGUUCAGAGAGGAUCUCUAGCCUUGCCCGAGAGCUUGUGUCUAAGCAAGCAACCACUGCAAACACACUCGCAGCACAAUGGAUGGAGCGCUCACUAGAUGACAGCGCUGUUCGCCGAAUUGACUUGCCGGAGAUGUUCCUUCUCGCCGAUGCUAUCAUCGGCAGUCUGGACAAUGUCACUGACGGCAUGGUCAUUUAUCCCCAGGGUGUUUCCAGGCAGGAAGCCCAUGAGCAGAUCCGCGUCUUAUCGCAUCAGGCUGCCCGUGUCGUGAAGCUCGAAGGCAAACCCAAUGACCUCAUAAACAGGAUCAAAGCUGACGAGUUUGUCAAGCCGAUCUGGGCUGAUCUCGAUAGCAUGCUCAAACCUGAGCUUUACAUCGGCCGUAGUGUUGAAAUUGUGGAGCGCUACUGUGGUCCAGAAGGCACAGCAGAGAAAAAGGUCCAGCCAUACGGGUCAGUAUUCGAGAAGUCAUCAACAACGGAGCUUAAUGUCUCAUGCACGAUCAACAGAGGCUGAAUGUCAACUGGCACUAAUGAUACUCACGAUUCUUGAUUCAUCAUUAUAUGAUCCAAACCACUAAUCUUCAGGCGCCGUUUCUACUACUAUGAACCGGAAAUGUAAGUAGUUGAAACAAGAGGAAAUCGCACGAGCCAGUAUGUAAGAUUCCAAUUUCAACCUCAAGUUGGUUUUAACGCAUACACUAUCCGUCCCCGAAUCUCGUUUUGGCGUCAUCUCAGUUGCAGCCAGAUUUGGACGUGCUCCCCUACCUCGUUGUUGUAUAUAUCAAUGGCGCGGCGUAGUGCGUCAGUUUAUAAUAAACUCGGUUCUAUGAUAUGGCUUGAUUUAAAGCAUUCGUGUCUCAACAUGUAGAAAUCAGGGUGGAUGUGUGACGUAUUGUAUGUCUGAACCUCACUCAAACCAUGUCUAGAACACAGC